UAUAUUAAUAAUAAUAUUAACAAUAAUGAUACUAAUAAUAGUAAGAUAUUUAACCAUAAAACCAAAAUUCUGCUUAAAAACCGGCAAGAAGCAACAAAAAGACACAUAUGUAAAAACAAAACAAAUGCAUCUUCAGUUUAAUUCAUCCAUUGUCCGGAAUAUUUGGAGGGGUUGUAUCAACAAUCACAUUUUUCAGAGUCUUCUCCUCAUCAAACUAACACAAUCAUUAAUUUUUUUUUUCUUUUAACAAAAAAUGUAUCAACAAUAAUGAACACGUACGGUAUACCAAACAAACAAAAACAUGCAUUAAUCAUUUGAAUACACAAAUAUACAUAUAUCUAUAUUCAUACAGCUACCAUAUAUAAUGGCGAGCUUGUCCAACCAGCCAUCGAAGAAGGCAAUGCGGACCCCUGGUGGCUCUUCCGGGGGCGGGGGCGGAGGUGGAGGCAGCUCACAGGGGAACCGUGGCUCAACCGGCCAAACCGUGAAAUUUGCAAGAAGAACUUCCAGCGGUAGAUACGUUAGCCUGUCUAGAGAAGACUUGGACAUGUCAGGGGAAUUUUCCGGGGAUUACAUGAACUACACCGUUCACAUUCCUCCGACCCCGGACAAUCAGCCCAUGGAUACCUCAGUGGCUGCAAAAGCCGAGGAACAAUAUGUUUCAAAUUCUCUAUUCACCGGUGGAUUCAACAGCGUGACACGGGCCCAUCUGAUGGACAAGGUGAUCGAAUCACAGGUGAAUCAUCCACAAAUGGCUGGAUCAAAGGGCUCCUCGUGCGCCAUGCCAGCUUGCGAUGGCAAAGUUAUGAAGGACGAGAGAGGAGAAGAUGUUAUCCCCUGCGAAUGCAGGUUCAAAAUAUGUAGAGAUUGCUACAUGGACGCCCAAAAGGACACAGGUCUAUGUCCAGGAUGCAAAGAGUCGUACAAAGUAGGGGAUUACGACGACGAAAUACCAAACUACUCGAGUGGAGCUCUAUCUCUCCCUGGCCCUGAUGACCCCAAGAGGGACCGUCAAAACAUGUCUAUGAUGAAAAGGAAUCAAAAUGGUGAAUUUGACCACAAUAAAUGGUUAUUUGAAACCCAGGGCACUUACGGUUACGGCAAUGCCUAUUGGCCCCAAGACGACGUAUGUGGUGACGAUGGUGAAGGAGGGAUGCAUCGGAGCGCUCUCGACACAUCUGAUAAACCAUGGAGGCCCCUUAGCCGUGUUAUUGAUAUCCCAAAUAGUAUUAUCAGCCCUUACAGGUUGUUGAUUGUUGUCCGCCUUGUUGUCCUUGGUUUCUUCUUGGCAUGGAGAUUGAGACAUCCCAAUCACGAAGCCGUAUGGCUUUGGCUAAUGUCGGUUGUCUGUGAGGUUUGGUUUGCUUUCUCCUGGAUUCUCGAUCAGCUUCCCAAGGUGCAUCCCAUUAAUCGAACUACCGAUUUAGAGGUUUUACGUGAAAAAUUUGAUAUGCCGUCACCUUCAAAUCCCACCGGCCGCUCCGAUCUCCCCGCUGCUGAUGUAUUCGUGUCCACCGCCGAUCCAGAGAAAGAACCACCACUUGUCACUGCCAACACUAUUUUAUCGAUCCUAGCUGUGGAGUACCCUGUGGAGAAACUGGCAUGUUACGUCUCUGAUGACGGUGGAGCCCUUCUUACUUUCGAAGCAAUGGCCGAGGCGGCUAGCUUCGCCGAUUUGUGGGUCCCUUUCUGUAAAAAGCACGAUAUAGAGCCCCGGAAUCCUGAAACCUACUUCUCUCUCAAGGGCGAUCCGACCAAGAACAAGAGUAGGCUGGAUUUUGUCAAAGAUAGGAGGAGAGUUAAGAGAGAAUACGAUGAAUUCAAAGUGAGGAUAAAUGGACUGCCCGAUUCGAUUAGGAGAAGAUCAGAGGCUUUCAAUGCAAGAGAGGAGAUGAAAAUGCUGAAGCAUAGGAGGGAGAGUGGGGCUGACACUUUAGAGCCAAUCAAGGUCCAAAAGGCUACAUGGAUGGCCGAUGGCACACACUGGCCCGGUACUUGGUCCGUUGCGUCUCGUGAGCAUGCCAAGGGCGAUCACGCUGGAAUUCUUCAGGUAAUGUUGAAGCCUCCUAGUAGUGAUCCACUGAUGGGAAGUUCGGAAGACAAGCUUCUGGACUUCAGUGAUGUUGACAUACGUCUGCCGAUGUUUGUGUACAUGUCUCGUGAGAAGCGUCCAGGUUAUGACCACAACAAGAAAGCCGGUGCAAUGAAUGCUCUAGUGCGAUCCUCCGCUGUGUUGUCAAACGGAGCUUUUAUACUGAACCUCGACUGUGACCAUUACAUCUAUAACUGCAAAGCUCUCCGAGAAGGGAUGUGCUUUAUGAUGGAUAGGGGUGGAGAAGACAUUUGCUACAUUCAGUUUCCUCAGAGAUUUGAAGGCAUUGAUCCAUCUGACCGUUACGCCAACCACAACACCGUUUUUUUCGAUGGUAAUAUGCGAGCACUAGAUGGCCUCCAGGGACCGGUUUAUGUUGGCACCGGUUGUAUGUUUCGAAGAUUCGCCCUUUAUGGAUUUGAACCACCAAAAGUAGAUAAAAUAUCUGACAAAAGCUCAGAGACUCAAGCUCUGAAGACAACUGAUUUCGACCCUGAUCUUGAUGUGAAUCUAUUACCCAAACGGUUUGGGAACUCCACAUUGUUGGCUGAGUCAAUCCCCAUCGCUGAAUUUCAAGGCCGUCCCAUCGCCGAUCAUCCUGCAGUCAAGUACGGACGUCCACCCGGCAUUCUACGCGCCCCCCGUGAACCACUCGAUGCAACCACUGUAGCCGAAGCUGUCUCUGUUAUAUCUUGCUGGUACGAGGAUAAGACGGAAUGGGGGGAUCGAGUGGGUUGGAUUUACGGUUCGGUGACAGAGGAUGUGGUGACAGGGUACCGAAUGCACAACCGCGGCUGGCGUUCGGUGUACUGCGUCACGAAACGUGAUGCUUUCCGUGGAUCGGCUCCAAUAAAUCUGACAGACAGGCUCCACCAGGUGCUGAGGUGGGCCACAGGGUCCGUUGAAAUCUUCUUCUCGAGAAACAACGCAUUGCUCGGGACAAGAAAGAUCAAAGUCCUCCAACGCCUGGCAUACCUCAACGUGGGGGUCUACCCCUUCACCUCACUAUUCUUAAUAGUGUAUUGCUUCCUCCCAGCCCUAUCCCUAUUCUCUGGCUUCUUCAUUGUCCAAACGCUCGAUGUGACAUUCCUCGUACUCCUUCUGACCAUAUCCAUAUGCCUGGUGGCCUUAGCACUACUGGAAGUGAAAUGGUCGGGAGUGGGACUGGAGGAGUGGUGGAGGAACGAGCAAUUCUGGCUGAUUUCCGGGACAAGUGCACACUUGGCAGCUGUGGUGCAGGGACUUCUGAAAGUGAUUGCAGGAAUAGAGAUAUCGUUCACGUUGACGUCAAAGUCUGCGGGUGAGGACGUGGACGACAUAUACGCGGACUUGUAUCUAGUGAAAUGGACGUCUUUGAUGAUACCGCCGAUUGUGAUAGGGAUGGUGAAUAUAAUAGCGAUAGUGGUGGCGUUUUCGAGGACAAUAUAUCAGACGGUGCCACAGUGGAGCAAGUUCAUAGGUGGUGCAUUCUUUAGUUUUUGGGUGCUGGCACAUUUGUAUCCAUUUGCAAAGGGGUUGAUGGGGAGGAGAGGGAAGACGCCGACAAUUGUGUUUGUGUGGUCAGGUUUGAUUGCUAUUACAUUGUCAUUGUUGUGGGUUGCUGUUAACCCCUCUAACAACUCCAUGCCAACUGCUGCUGGUGCCGCCUCCGGCUUUACUUUCCCUUGAACUAAUUAUAGUACA